AUUACAGGAGGCACUGUCGUAGAAGUGAAAGGAGAUGAAAUGACCAGAAUCAUCUGGGAAGUAAUCAAAGAGAAAUUAAUAUUCCCAUUUGUUGAUCUGGACCUAAAAACUUUUGAUUUAGGAAUUGAGUACAGAGAUAAAACAGAUGAUCAAGUUACUAUCGAAUGUGCUGAAGCUAUUGCCAAGUAUAAUGUUGGUGUCAAGUGUGCAACAAUCACGCCUGAUGAAAAAAGAGUAGAAGAAUUUAAUCUCAAGAAAAUGUGGAAAUCUCCUAAUGGUACAAUCCGUAAUAUUCUUGGUGGUACGGUGUUUCGUGAAGCCAUUAUAUGUAAGAAUAUUCCACGAUUAGUCCCUGGAUGGAAAAAAUCUAUCAUAAUUGGUCGUCAUGCAUAUGGAGACCAGUAUAAAGCCACAGAUUUUGUUGUACCCGGUCCAGGCAAAUUGGAGAUGAGUUUUACACCUGAAGAUGGUUCUGCUCCAAUGCGUUACACUGUUUUUGAUUUCAAAAAUACUGGCGGUGUUGCGCUUGGAAUGUACAAUACGGACAAGUCGAUCACAGAUUUUGCGCAUAGCUCUUUUAAAUUAGCUCUUGCCAAAGGUUGGCCUCUUUACUUGAGUACAAAGAAUACGAUCUUGAAGAAAUAUGAUGGAAGAUUUAAGGACAUCUUUCAGGAUAUUUAUGAACGGGAAUACAAAGCACAGUAUGAAAAAGCUGGAAUUUGGUACGAGCAUCGAUUGAUUGAUGAUAUGGUUGCAUAUGCUUUAAAAAGCGAAGGUGCGUUUGUUUGGGCUUGCAAGAACUAUGACGGAGAUGUGCAAUCGGAUUCUGUUGCACAAGGGUAUGGAUCGUUGGGUAUGAUGACCAGUGUUUUAAUUUGUCCUGAUGGAAAGACUAUUGAAGCAGAAGCAGCUCAUGGAACAGUAACGAGACAUUUCAGGUUUCAUCAACAAGGCAAAGAAACGUCAACCAAUCCAAUUGCUUCCAUUUUUGCAUGGACUCGUGGUUUACUGCACCGUGCAAAGUUAGACAACAAUAGAGAGUUAGGCGUCUUUGCCGAAAGUUUGGAAGCCGUAUGCGUAGAAACUAUCGAAGCCGGUUAUAUGACAAAGGAUUUAGCUGCUUGCAUUAAGGGAUUACCAAACGUUGUACGAUCGGAUUACCUCAACACGUUCGAAUUCUUAGACAAACUGGCAGAAAAUUUAUCUCAAAAAUUAGCUAGCAGUAAACUCUAAUAAAUAUACUCUUUGCAGAACAUACCCGUUUAAAUCAAUAUAACAAUAGUACUCAAUCAUGUUAUAGCAAUUGAUUUGAAGGUACAUUUUUUUAGCGGUAUUUAGCAUGAUUAGGUAAGGGUAAUUUCAUUUUACUGCUUUUUUCUAGACAUAUGUGAUGUUUUCGCUCUGCAACUGAUAUCACAUGCAGUUACACUCUUCUAAUAGACAUUUUUUGUCAAGUUGCUGUGGGCUCCCGGAGCCCUAAGUUGCUGGCUUCAACAGUAUAUUAAAUAUCUUUUAAUUGCGACAACAUAAAAUAAAUCAUACAUACGCUUUCUGGGUAU